AUGGACACUGACAAGUUUAACUAUGUUUACAGUUGUGACCUGGAUAUCAACGUUCAGCUUAAAAUAGGCAGUCUAGAAGGCAAGCGAGAGCAGAAGAGCUACAAAGCCCUGCUGGAAGACCCUAUGCUACGCUUCUCUGGCCUCUACCAAGAGAACUGCUCCGACCUCUAUGUCACAUGUCAGGUGUUUGCAGAGGGAAAGCCUCUGGCACUGCCUGUCCGCACAUCAUACAAAGCCUUUAGCACACGCUGGAAUUGGAAUGAGUGGCUCCGGUUACCAGUCAAGUAUCCGGACCUGCCCCAAAGUGCUCAGGUGGCCCUCACCGUGUGGGACAUCUACGGCCCAGGAAAGGCUAUCCCUGUGGGAGGAACCACUGUCACUCUAUUUGGCAAAUACGGAAUGUUCAGGCAAGGCAUGCAUGAUCUUAAAGUUUGGCCCGGAGUGGAGGGGGAUGGAGGAGACCCCACUACAACCCCAGGACGCACCACCAGCAGCCUGGCUGAGGACCAAAUGGGUCGACUUGCCAAGGGUCCUGACCUAGAAGUACUCAAGGAUCUGACAAAAGCCCAUAGGCAGGGCCACAUGGUGAAGGUGGACUGGCUGGACCGUCUGACCUUCAGAGAAAUUGAAAUGAUCAAUGAGAGCGAAAAACGUAGCUCUAACUUCAUGUACCUUAUGGUUGAGUUUCCUCGUGUCAAAGAAAAUGACAAGGAAUACAGCAUUGUUUACUUUGAGAAGGAUGGAGACGAUGCAGCACGUGUACUUAACAGCUGUGAGAUCGUCAAAGUCCCUGACCCACAGAUGGGGAUGGAGAACCUGGUGGAGAGCAAACAUCACAAACUGGCUCGUAGCCUUCGCAGUGGACCCUCAGACCAUGACCUGAAGCCUAACGCUGCUACACGAGAUCAACUCAAUAUUAUUGUAAGUUACCCUCCAACCAAACAACUGAGCUCUGAGGAACAGGAUCUGGUGUGGAAGUUCAGGUACUACCUCACCAACCAGGAGAAGGCCUUAACCAAGUUCCUGAAGUGUGUGAACUGGGACCUGCCGCAGGAGGCCAAGCAGGCGCUGGAGCUGCUGGGGAAGUGGAGGCCCAUGGACGUGGAGGACGCUCUGGAGCUUCUGUCCUCACACUUCACUAACCCCACCGUCCGACGCUACGCGGUCACGCGGCUGCAGCAGGCGGACGACGAGGACCUGCUGAUGUACCUGCUGCAGUUGGUUCAGGCUCUGAAAUACGAAAGCUUCAGUGACAUUCAGGGCGGCUUGGAUCCCAGCAGUAAAAGAGACGGACAGGGCCUUUCUGAUGACUCUGCUCAGGACAGUUCCCAGAUUCUUUCUUCUUUCUCUGCAUCUGCGGCGCCACUGAAGGGCAAAGAUGGAGCGGAAAGUGACAAUUUAGAGGACCUGUGCACGUUUCUCAUCUCCAGAGCCUGCAAGAACUCAACCCUGGCUAAUUACCUGUAUUGGUAUGUGAUCGUGGAGUGUGAGGACCAGGACACUCAGCUGAGGGAUCCAAAAACUCAUGAGAUGUACCUGAACGUGAUGAGGAGGUUCAGCCAGGCGCUGCUUAAGGGCGAUAAGAACGUCAGGGUCAUGAGAUCUCUGCUGGCAGCUCAGCAGACCUUUGUGGACAGACUGGUGCAGCUGAUGAAGGCCGUGCAGAGAGAGAGUGGAAACCGCAAAAAGAAGACCGAGCGGCUGCAGGCUCUUCUGGCCGACAACGAGAAAGUGAAUCUCUCCGACAUCGAGCCCAUCCCUCUCCCACUGGAGCCGCAGAUACGAAUCAAAGGAAUUGUCCCAGAGACCGCCACACUGUUCAAGAGUGCGUUGAUGCCGGCCAAGUUGAUUUUCAAAGCUGAAGAUGGAGCGAUGUAUCCUGUCAUCUUCAAACAUGGAGAUGACCUCAGACAGGACCAGCUCAUUCUUCAAAUAAUUUCUCUCAUGGACAAGCUGUUAAGAAAGGAGAAUUUAGACUUGAAGUUGACGCCAUACAAAGUUCUAGCCACCAGCACAAAACAUGGUUUUAUGCAGUUUGUCCAGUCUGUGCCUGUCGCAGAGGUCCUGGCCACAGAAGGAAAUAUUCAAAGCUUUUUCAGAAAGCAUGCGCCGAGUGAAAAGGGUCCGUAUGGGAUCAGCCCAGAGGUGAUGGACACAUAUGUCAAGAGCUGCGCCGGCUACUGCGUGAUCACCUACAUUCUGGGAGUGGGCGACAGACACUUGGACAAUUUGCUUCUGACAAAAACUGGGAAGCUCUUCCACAUAGACUUCGGGUACAUCCUGGGCAGAGACCCCAAGCCCCUGCCUCCGCCCAUGAAGCUGAGUAAAGAGAUGGUGGAGGGGAUGGGAGGCAUGCAGAGCGAGCAGUACCAGGAGUUCAGGAAGCAGUGUUAUACGGCCUUCUUGCACCUCAGGAGGUACUCCAACCUGAUUCUGAACUUGUUCUCUCUGAUGGUGGAUGCUAAUAUUCCUGAUAUUGCUCUGGAGCCUGAUAAAACCGUCAAAAAGGUCCAAGAUAAGUUCCGUCUGGACCUUUCUGACGAGGAGGCGGUGCACUACAUGCAGAGCCUGAUCGACGAGAGCGUAGGAGCCCUGUUUGCUGCGGUGGUCGAACAGAUUCACAAAUUUGCCCAAUACUGGCGCAGAUGA